AUGGCUGAAUAUGGUCACUGUGAUGUGCUGGAGCAUCUUAAUCAUAAUGAUAGGAAAGUGGGCCAAGCGCUGUUCAUUCUGCUAGACAGCCAGAACCAGUGUCUAGAGCUUGUCAUUGAAAAUGGUUUGGAUGUCAACACUCUCUUGUCUGAACACAUAACUUCAAAUACUUAUGAUGACAGAAGAGGGACUGCACUUUGUUGUGCUGUUUCUAAUAAUGAGACUCUUCACACCAAAAUAUUGCUCAAAGCAGAAGCAAAUCCAAAAAAUGAUCCUUUAAACUAUGUUCUCAUAGCAGUGAGAGCUGACAGCCAUGGAACUGUAAAACUACUCCUAUCUUAUGGAGCAGAUGUCAACUGCUAAUGGUUGCUUAAUGAUUCGCAUUUCCCCAGUGCAUGGUAUUCUUUGAGUGGUGACAUGAUGCUGAGGCUGUUGCUCUGUCAUGGAUAUAAUGUGGAGAUGUGUUUGGACUUUGUGUCAGGUAUCUUUGGAAAUUCUUUUGUGUGGCCAGCUCCAGAGCUUGAGCCUAUUCCCAGUUGGACUACUUCUUCAAUAAACAAUAAACUAAUAAAAACAUACAUUCCUUGCUUCUCUUCACUUGGCUCUUUUUGUUAG